AUAAACCUCAUCACAACAGCCCUUUUUAUUACCUUAGCUUUAUCCCUUAUUCUUAUACUAGUCGCUUUUUGACUCCCCCAAAUAUCCCCAGACUACGAGAAACUCUCGCCAUACGAAUGUGGCUUUGACCCCCUAGGAUUUGCUCGCCUACCCUUCUCCCUUCGAUUUUUCCUAGUAGCAAUCUUAUUUCUUCUAUUCGACCUGGAAAUCGCCCUUCUUCUCCCCCUCCCCUGAGCAAACCAACUGACAGACCCCCUCACAACCUUUGCCUGAGCUAUGGCUCUUCUACUACUCCUAACCCUAGGACUUGCCUACGAAUGGGCCCAGGGAGGACUUGAAUGAGCUGAAUAA